AGGAAUAGAAGAACAGGUACUCGGAGAAAAGUUUUCUCAGAAUACCGGAGGGGUUUUAGGUUCCCAGUAUUUGCACUCUCUUACUUUCAGUUUGUGCCUUUGAAGUCACUUCCGCUUUGGGCGGACACAUGCCAAACGUAUGGCGGGAGUGGAGACCAGCGAAUACACCAGGAUCAUCAUGCCUAGAGUUCAUAAUAUCAAAAAAUCUCUUAUGUCUCAGACUUCUUGUUUGACAAGCAAACCUUAUACACAGCUGGAUUUUUUGCCUGACAAGCUAAGAGCAAAGCUGCUCCCUUUCCAGAAAGAUGGUAUCACUUUUGCCCUCAGAAGAAAUGGCAGGUGUAUGGUGGCUGACGAAAUGGGUCUAGGAAAGACAAUCCAGGCAAUUGCCAUCGCUUAUUUCUAUAAGGAGGAAUGGCCUCUUUUAAUAGUGGUCCCUUCAUCACUGAGGUACCCUUGGACAGAAGAAAUAGAGAAAUGGAUCCCAGAGCUAGACCCAGAAGAAAUCAAUGUUAUUCAGAAUAAAACUGAUGUCAGGAGAAUAUCGACCAGCAGAGUGACAGUUCUAGGUUAUGGUCUUUUAACCACAGAUGCAGAGACUUUGAUAGAUACUCUGAAUAAUCAGAACUUCAGAGUAGUUAUAGUGGAUGAAUCACACUACAUGAAGUCCAGAAAUGCAAACCGCAGCAAGAUUUUAUUGCCACUAGUACAGAAAGCCAAACGAGCCAUUCUUCUUACAGGAACUCCAGCUCUGGGAAGACCUGAAGAGCUUUUCAUGCAGAUUGAAGCUCUCUUUCCACAAAAAUUUGGAACAUGGACUGACUAUGCUAAAAGAUACUGUAAUGCACGUAUCAGAUAUUUUGGUAAAAGGUGUCAGUGGGAUUGUAGAGGGGCAUCAAAUCUUAAUGAACUUCAUCAACUAUUAAGUGAUAUAAUGAUUAGAAGAUUAAAGACUGACGUUUUAACCCAACUGCCCCCUAAAAUCAGGCAACGUAUUCCAUUUGAUCUCCCAUCAGCAGCAGCCAAGGAAUUGAAUACAAGCUUUGAAGAGUGGCAAAAAUUAAUGAGAGUCCCAGAUUCAGGUGCCACUGAGAGUGUCGUGGGGCUGAUUACUCGCAUGUUCAAACAAACUGCUGUUGCCAAGGCAGGUGCUGUAAAGGAUUAUAUUAAGAUGAUACUUCAGAACGAUUCACUUAAAUUUCUCGUUUUUGCUCACCAUUUAAGCAUGCUCCAAGCUUGUACAGAAGCAGUCAUAGAAAACAAGACUCGUUACAUUAGGAUAGAUGGAAGUGUUCCAUCUGCAGAAAGAAUACGUCUGGUUAAUCAAUUUCAAAAGGAUCCUGAUACUCGUGUGGCCAUCCUGAGCAUUCAGGCUGCUGGUCAGGGUUUGACAUUUACUGCUGCAACCCAUGUCGUAUUUGCUGAGUUGUACUGGGAUCCUGGACAUAUAAAACAAGCAGAAGACCGUGCUCACCGAAUUGGACAGUGCAAUUCUGUGAAUAUUCACUACCUCAUUGCAAAUGGGACUCUAGACACUCUUAUGUGGGGGAUGUUGAAUCGAAAGGCUCAGAUUACUGGGAGCACACUGAAUGGUAGGAAGGAACAACUUAAGGCUGAGGAAGGUGAUAAAGAAAAAUGGGAUUUCUUGCAGUUUGCUGAAGCUUGGACUCCAAAUGAAAGUUCUGGAGAGCUCAGGAAUGAAAUUUUGUUCACUCAUUUUGAAAAGGAAAAACAGCAUGAUAUUCGAUCAUUCUUUUUACCAAAACCUAAGAAAAGACAGUUGGUGACCUCCUGUGAUGAAUCAAGAAUAUUCCAGGAGAAAAAUAUUGUAGCACCAGUAGACCCUGAAAGAGUAGCCACAAGAGAUAUCAUUGAUUAUGAAAGCAAUUUUGAACCUGAAGCUAAAAGAUUGAAGUCAGUCACCACCGGUGACCACUGCAGUCCGCUGGAGGAGAAACCCUCCUGGCCCAGGAAGACCCAAGCUCUAGCCCAGUCAGCCACCUCACCCCUUACUGGAAAGGGCUGGCAGUGUAGUUUCUGCACCUAUAUCAAUAACUCAGUGUUACCUUACUGUGAGAUGUGUGAGAAUCCUCAAGGCAGUGCUGAUAACCUCAACUGCACCCAGACUAAAAACAAAAAUGAGAAAGAUGGUUUUCAGAAAGAAACCUCCAAAAAAGUUUGUACCAGUUCUGACUCUGCUAAGCAAGAACUUGCACAAUCAGAACCUGAACAAUUGGCUGCGAACAAGGAAGAAAUAUCAAAAAUCAAGAGGGAACACAGACUCACAACCCAGCCAGGGAAUGAACAGUUGAAGAGUUCAGACGGUUUGCCAGUUUAUGAUACACUGAUGUUUCGUGCAAGUAAGAACACCGACCGGAUUCACCUCUAUACCAAGGAUGGAAACCAGAUGAAUUGUAAUUUCAUUCCUUUGGAUAUAAAAUUAGACCUUUGGGAAGAUUUACCAGCAAGUUUUCAGCUGAAACAAAAUCGCUCGCUGAUUUUGAGGUUUGUCCGCGAAUGGAGUGGUCUCACCGCCAUGAAGCAAAGGGUCGUCAGGAGAAGCGGGCAGCUGUUCCACAGCCCGCUGCUUGCUUUGGAAGAGAGCACAAAACAGCAGCGCAAACAAAGCAGUACCAAAAGAUACAUAACCAAAGAAGAUGUUGCUGGGGCCUCAAUGGAGAAGCUGAAGAAUGAUGGGGGCCAUGUCCGUCUGAUCACAAAGGAGCCCAGGCCAAGGGACCUUUCCACAAAAAAGUUUCUUGAAGAUGGAGCCUAUGUCCCAUCUCUAAAUCCCUGCAUAGCCCAAGCUGAUCUCAGAGUGAAGCCUUCUACAUCCAAAGGCUAUUUGCAAGCUGUGGAUAAUGAAGGAAAUCCACUUUGCCUUCGCUGUCAGCAACCCACUUGCCAAACUAAGCAAGAGUGUAAAGUGAGCACUUGGGAUUCACGGUUUUGCUCUCUGAAAUGUCAGGAGGAAUUUUGGAUUCGAUCUAAUAAUGGUUACCUGCGAGCCAAAGUAUUUGAAAUUGAACAUGGUGUGUGCCAGCUAUGUAAUCUGAAUGCACAAGAACUCUUUUUAUGUAUGAGAGAUGCCCCUAAAACUCAGAGGAAGAAUCUUCUGGAUAUUGCCUGGACCUCAAAGCUCCCAUUAGAACAGCUUAAUGAAAUGAUAAGAAACCCGAGGGAAGGGCAUUUCUGGCAGGUGGACCACAUCAGGCCAGUGUCCAGUGGAGGAGGACAGUGCUCCUUGGACAACCUGCAGACACUCUGCACCAUCUGUCACAGAGAGAGAACUGUCAGACAAGCCAAAGAAAGAAGCCAAGUGAGAAGAGACUCUCUAGCAUCAAAGUAUGGAUCAGAUAUCACACGAUUUUUAGUAAAGAAAUGAAGUAUGAAGAAUUUUGAGUGGAUGGCAAAUGACUUGCAUGUGGAAGAAUUUAACACACAUUUUUUUUCAUGUUUGUCUAAUAUUUUAAGAGUGAAAAUUUUCAGAACAAAAAUCAAGGAUUCAGUUGCCCUUUUCAUAGUAGAUACUUUUAGUGUUCAAUACCUGUUGAAAGUACCUAAUUGAGAUUCAGCAUUAAAUAUUUCCAUGAUCUUGAUUUCAUACAAAAAUUGUGUUGCAGUUAGGUUUUGUUAAGCUUUCAUUUCCCCCUACUAUGGUGUUAAUCUUGAUAUUAUGCAUAGACUGUAUUUGAAAAAUACUAUUCUCAAUCACAUAAAAAAAUGCUGCUGGAUUAGUAUUGGUUCUGGACUGUUGUGAUAUAAAUGCAACAUUGGAAAACAAUAAAGGAAAUUUCAGAGACAAAUCAUCAUCAUUCAAGAAUUCUGAUCUACAUUUGCUCUCUUGCAACACUAAACUAUGUUUUCUACCUUUAUCUUGUAUCUACCUACCACUUCAGCAUUUUAUUAAAAAUAAUAAUAAUAAAGAGAAAUGUGGUAUCCACAUAUAAAUCAAGUAUAAAAAUCAAAUGAGUAUUCAUAUUUGAACUGACUGUUUAUAGUUCAUAAUGCAUGAGCAAAACCGAAGGUUUCUGUGAUGACUGCCCUUGUACUGUUCACCAUGUAAGAACUUAUUCACUAUGUAAGAAUUUGUUCUCCAUGUAAGAACUUGUUUGUUAUGCUUCAGAAGAUUGGAGACUGACGAGAAUUAGGCUUGGGGUGGAUUAAUGAUUGUGCAUUGAGCAUUGACUCCCCUAUACAGAAUUUUAUUGUCGUUAACAACCAUUUGAUCAAUAAAUAUGAGAGAUGCCCUCACAAAAAAAAAAAAAAAAAAGUACACACUUCCAAUGGUAAAAUAAUAAGUAACCGGGAUGUAAUGAAUAUAGUCAAGAUACUGUAACAGCUUGGUAUGAUGAUAGCUGGUACCUAGAAUUGUCAUGUAUAUAAAUGUUGAAUCACUAUGUUGUACACCUGAAUCUAAUGUAAUGUAAUACUGUGUGUCAACUACCCUUCAAUAAAAAAUAAUUAUCUACCAAAAAAAAAAAAAAGAUCAUAACAAUGAGGAUUGAGAAAAAAAAAAAAAGAAUUCUGGGCCAAGGAAUUCUGUGAUCAGCUUUCUUAGUAUGCUAGAGAGACUCUUAUUCACUGAAUGCCUCCAAAAUAGGCUUGGGGUACACGUUUUGAGUGUUGCCUGUUUGUUUUCUUUCUUGGCCAGUUGUCUUUAUUCAAACAAUGUUUUUGAAAAUAUGCUAAUGAGACCUAUGGUAUUUGUAAACAAUUCAGGGGUUCUGGGUAAAAUAAUUUUUAAAAAUAUUUGAAACAGAAAACAUAAAAUGUAAAAUGCCACAAACUUCAUUUUUUAGUUUCUUUGUUUUAAUGCAUGAAACUGUGCUUACUGGCAAAGCACCUUUUGUUUCCUGGUUAUCAUUUUCUGUUUUUAAAAUCCUAUUCUAUUGAAGAUGUAUUCCUGUUACCUUUUUAAAAAGGAGUGGUGAUGAAAAAGCAUUUUAUAAUAAAGCAUGAUCAAGUAGAAUUAUGCGCUUUAAAAACAAUACAAUGAUAAUAUUAAAAUGUAAUUGAUAUCC